UUUCAUGCAGCAUAGCACCCGUCGGAAGUUGCUGUGUGAAGUGGAGUAAAAAACGGGAUGUUGAGGUAGUUUUUAAACUCUUCGACAUUUCUUUGGACAUUUUUUAUAUUCUGUUGCAGACACAGAAGAACGGUAAGUCGUGGGUUUGAAAGGAAUUACAUAUUGCUCACUUUAAUGCAAGAAAAAAGGGGAGGUCCGAAGUUAGCUAGCUAGCGAGUUAGCAUUUGUAAUUAUUAGCCAUUACGUUUUAACUAUCAAUAAAAAACAACAACAUUACAGUCUCUUACAUCGUGACAUUUUGUUAAGCUUAUUCUAUUAAGAUGUCUGUUUUGCUAGUUAUUGUCACCUCUCAUUGGCUGAUCUUGAUUAGCAUUUGCAGCAGCUGUGGGGAGUUCUCUCUAGUGAUUGCAAAGUAAAAGCCAGCUGAAACCCCACCAAAGUAUCUGUUCUUGUUGAUGUCAGUGAUAGGCGCUGUCUUGAGUGAAAAUGGCCCCGAUGCAUGCUGUGAUUUUGUUAGUGCUGUUUUGUUCUGCCUACUGUUAUCGGUCCAGAGGAAGAGCUCGCAAUGGCCCGCUUGUGCGAAACCCUGAACAAGAGUGGGAGAGAAUCCAGAAAGUAAUAAGUGACGAAAUGAGUGAGGACCUCAAACCGAAAUUCCUGAGGGCGGCAAGUAGUGCAUCUACAACACUUGCACCAAGGCAAGUUCCUGUGUAUCUGGUUGUAUCUUCCUCCGAUGACCAUAAAAGUGCCUUCAAGCCAGAAAAGGGUGCCAUACCCCUACCACCCUCGCUCAGACAAAUGUUACUUCAGACUGCCACCACUACUAUUGCAUCCAGAACAACAGCCAGACCAAAGCUGAUUGAAAUCGUGUGCCAUGUUGACAGAAUGUAUGUUAGAGUAAGGAAAGAGAUCUUUAAGUACACAGAUGCAUGGAAAUCUCUUAAACUAGGCACCUGUUCUGUUAACAAAAGUACCAAAGACCAUUACUACUUCCUCUACCUUCUGACGGAUAGCUGUGGAUUCAAGACAGAGAAUAAUGCAGAUUUCCGGGUGAUCAGCAAUGUGGCCAACUACCAGCCAAACACAGUAGUUUUAAGAGAAAUGCCAUUUACCAUUCCUGUGCAGUGUAAAUAUCCAAGAUUCUUUCACUCCUAUAAAGUUGGCUUCUACCCUGAAGUGAAGGGAGGCACUGUUUUAAAAGAACUCUCACCAAAGAGCAGCUUCACCCUUACUCCUCAAGAUGCAUCUGGCAAUGACAUCGCUGUCACCAAAUAUUUACUGCACAUUGGUCAGCAAAUGUACUUUGAGGCCAAGCAACCUGAGGAGGCUGCUGCACGCACUGGAGCGAUGAGGAUGUACAUCAACAAGUGCUUCAUGACUGCUUCCCAAGACUAUACCUCAACACCAACACCUAAAUAUACAGUCAUUGACAACUUUGGCUGCAUGAUUGAUAGCAAGGUGUCGCUGCAAUCAAAGUUCAUCACCGGUACUUCAAAGACGUCCCAGAAAUUCGGCAUGACUGCCUUGAUUUUCAAGGACAAGGUUUCCAUUUCAUCUGCAUCACAGCAAAUCUACAUGCACUGUGACAUCUCAAUGGGGGCUGUGACUCCAACUGCAAAGUCAAAGGCUUGCAACUAUGACAAAGCUACCACGAAGUGGAAGGAGCUGUAUGGCGAUGACUCUUUGUGCACCUGCUGUGAAACCACCUGCUCCUCUGCAAGUCCUAAGAAGACUACCAGGAAUAUGGUCUCCAGUCACUCUUGGAAGGUGGACCUGAACAAGAGGGACGGAAAGGUGAACGUUCACCCCCGGAUGAAGUUCUUGGAUGCUGACACUUUCACUUUGGAGCACCCAAGCAUGGCAGCGCACAAAGCCUCCUGCAGCACUGGGACAUGACUUUUAAAUAAAUGGCUUCUCGUGUACUGGAUGUUUCAAUGGCCUAUUCUUGAAGUUGUGACAUGAAUCCUUCAUUGCUUU